UUUCCUUCCCCAAUUAUAUAUCCACACGCGACGGACACGGUGAGAAAGAGCAAAAGUCAACGGCAAGAAAGAUAUCAAAGCUCUCUCUUUCUGUCUCGGACAUGUCAUCGACGGGAAACUCGGGCGGGCGCGCCGCCGUGACAUCGCAGCCUGAGCUCUACUUCUGCUACCAGUGCAAUCGUACGGUCUCAAUAACAUCUUCUCCUACCUCCGAACUCCUUUGCCCCAAUUGCAACGGCGGCUUCCUCGAAGAAUAUGAAAAUCCUAAUCCGCUUCCUCCUAACCCUAGCCUCAACCCUACACCCAAUCCCUUCUUCGCCUUCGACAAUUUAUCUGGUUUCCCUUCCUUCGGAGGCGGCGGCGGCGGCGGCUUACCCAUGGUCUUCUCCACGUCUGCUGGCGGAGCCAUCGGCGGAGGCAUCGAGCUCCAAAACACUGCCGAUCUCUCUGCUCUUUUCGGCGGCCGAUCACCUACUCUCCAACAAGGCCAAGGCCCCGAUGAAUUCAAUCCUUUCGCCUUCCUUCAGAAUUACAUCAAUACCCUAAGAGCAGGAGGCUCCAAUAUCCAACUAGUCAUCGAGAACUCCUCCUCCUCCUCCUCGGAUCAUCCAGGUUUUCGGCUUCCGUCCAAUCUCGGCGAUUACUUCAUUGGCCCUGGACUCGAGCAACUCAUCCAGCAGCUUGCCGAGAACGAUCCUAAUCGGUACGGGACCCCCCCUGCUUCUAAGUCUGCAGUUGAGGCUCUUCUCGACAUUAAGAUUACUGAUGAAUCGCUCUCUUCGGAUUCUUCUCAGUGUGCUGUCUGUAAAGAUACCUUUGAACUUGGUGAGGCUGCUAAACUCAUGCCUUGUAAACAUAUAUAUCAUUCCGACUGUAUCCUCCCCUGGUUGGAGCUCCACAAUUCUUGUCCCGUUUGUCGUUACGAGUUGCCUACAGACGAUCCUGAUUAUGAGAAUAGGACCCGGGGAACGCCAGCUCCUUCCAAUUUCAAUUUAGCGUCUGCUUUAGCUGCAUCUGCAUCUGGUAGUGCUGCUGCUCCUAGUGGGGCAACGUCUCAGGAUAAUCUCCAGACCACACGCCCUGUCGAACGAAGGUUUAGGAUAGCUUUGCCAUGGCCUUUUAGGGCGUUUGGCUCACCUGCAGAGACCAGCAACAGCGGAGCUGGAAACAACAGCGGUAAUAAUAGUGGAGAAUCAAACUCAGGAGGUCAGGCCAGAGAAGAAGAUUUGGAUUAAGAAACAAUCUUGGGAGGGAUUGAAUUCAAGUCUGUAACCAUGUUGAAAAUAGAUGUUCUCCAAUACAGUGAGGAUUAGUACUUGAUAGGUCCAAUUUUAAAUGCUUGGCGGUAAUAAUAACAAUAGUGGAAGGCUUUGUGUUUUUAAUUUUCUAUUACUAAAUUUUUUUGUGUAAUUUUAUCAUUUUAUGGUGAAUUCAUGUGCAUAUAUGAUUGGGUUGCAUAUCCUCAGUUUUGCGUCA